AUGAGUGGGAAAAAAGGCAAGCAGUGGGUUCUGCUGGCUGCUGGUUCCAAAGGCUGGACAAAUUACAGACAUCAGGCUAACGUCUGCCAUGCUUAUCAAAUGGUUCAUUGCAAUGGUAUUCCAGAUGAGCAGGUGGUGGUGAUGAUGUAUGAUGAUGUAGCUUACCAUAAAGAAAACCCAUAUCCAGGAGAAAUCAUCAAUGAGCCCAACGGCCCAAACGUUUACCCAGGAGUUCUGAAGGACUACACUGGAGAUGAUGUAUCAGCUGGGAACUUUCUGGCCGUGCUCUGUGGAGAUGAAGCAGGUGUUAGCAAACAGGCAGGGCGGCCAGUAAAGGUCUUGAAAAGUGAUGAAAAUGAUACCAUUUUCGUCUACCUGUCGGACCACGGGAGCGCAGGAGUGUUUGCCUUUCCCAAGGAACUGCUUCAUGCAGCUGACCUUGUCAGCACAAUAAGCAAGAUGGCAGAACGUCAGCAGUUCUCAAAGAUGGUGAUUUACAUAGAGAGCUGCUGCUCUGGAUCGAUGAUCGAUCAUCUCCCAAAAACCGCACAGGUUUAUGGGCUGUCUGCCUCCAACCCCCAUGAGUCCCACAGUGCCUGUUUCUAUGAUGAAGAGAGGCUCACAUUUCUUGCUGGUGAAUUCACUUCAUGUUGGCUGUUACACAAUGACCUGUCUGAUCUUACUAGGACAACCUUCCAGGAUCAGUUUGUGUAUCUGCAAAUGAAGGUCACCCAGUCUACUCCUUGUCAAUAUGGCAACAAUGAACUUAGUAAAGUGCUCAUCAGCAACUUUUUGGGCUAUCCUGACUCCAGAGCUCAGGCAGAGCGUGGUUGUCAAGCAGAAAACUUCAAAGUGACACAUCUCACCCCAUCACAUGAAGUCCCACUGAUAAUUCAACAGAAGAGAAUUCAGAGAGAAAUGGACCCAGAGAAAAAGGGAGCUCUGCAGAGAGAUUAUGACAAGCAUCUGCAGGAAAUAAUUAGGACUGAAAAGGCACUGCAGGACAUUGCUAAGCAUGCAUGCCCUGAUCGAGACCCCCCAGCAGUGGCGGACAGACGCCCACUUACUCGACUGGACAAAAUGAAAGACGUAGUAGAGCAUUUCAGACGGACCUUCAGUGAGUGGUAUAAGGAGCAGGAUGAUGCCUUUGUUCUGUCACAUUUGCAUGUGUUUGUGAACCUUCUGGAGUCUGGAGUUGGGGUUGCCAGGAUUAAAGAGGCCAUAACUUAUGUCCACUCUUUGCAAGGACUCUGA